CCGGGCGCUACGGAGUUUGCGUAGCGCGUGCCGGCGAUCCGCCGGAGAAAGGUUUCUGCUGCUCUGAGCGGGCGCUUUGAGGGGAGGAGGCUGAUUGGCUCGUGCUGCCCCGUGACGCGAGAGCUCCCCUUUGCCCAAAGAGGAGGCGCUGUCGCCGGUGCCGGGCGUUACGCGAGGCCCCGGCUUGAGGGCCUUUGCGCGGAAGGGUGAGAAGGCCUCCGACGCCGCGGAUGGGGAAGAUGUGAGCACGGAGGUGGCUUUUUAAAAGCAUGAAGAGAAAGCCCGAACGAUAAUUGUUUUGGGGUUUGCCUUUAAAAAGGUGACCUGUGUUGACUUCCAAGUGGCUUGGACCUGUUAGAAGCUCCUGCCAGCCUAAUGCCAUGAAUGUUGAGGCGGACAAUGAGGAAGAAAAAGCUGUCCAUUCCUGGUCAAGGAUCUCCUCUGCAGGACAGAAGGCCUUGGAAGAAGCUCUCAGGGUAUUCAACCCCAUGUCUAAAGACCUGUCUGACACAGAGACCCAGCUAGUAGCUUUUCUUCAAGGGCUUAGGGAAGAAGGAUACCAGCCCACUAUUCUAAGGAGUAAAGACGUGUAUGGAUACAGCUCAUGCACGGCCAGGAUGCCCAGCCAAACAAAAGGCAGUGGCCAGGACACUUCAACAGCUGCCCCUAUUUCAGAGUCUGCUAAGGUUCCUGCCAGAAACAUGGGAACAAUGUCCAAAGCAUCUUCUCCCUUAGCAGGUAUUAUAGUAAGUUCUUCUAAAGGCUCUGCCAGGCCAUUAUCCAAGAACAAUAAUGCUACGAACCUCCUGUUGAACUCAUUGAAACGGACACGUUCACGCACAUCAAAAGACUCAGCAGUGGGUUUCCCUGCCAACAUGUACCCUGGUGUCUACCCAGCUAUGAGGUUGUCUGUUGUGCUGGAAGCCUUGGUUCCUAUAAAAGCAACAGCAUCUUGCCUGGAGUCAAAAUGUAAACAGGGGCACCUUGGGAUAUCUUCUUCAGACUUUAAGCUCCUCAAGGCAGCUAGUGGGUCCAGGCAAUCUGCCACAAUCAAGGCCACUAAAUUAUCACCCAACCAAUUGGACUCAAAAGAUUAUAGGCAUAUAAUAAAGAAAGUGCCAGACUCUACUUCUCUGACUGUAAGCCUUAUGAAAGGACCAAAGGGUGGGGUAUUGAGGGAAAGCAAUGCCUGCAAAGCCUCUGGAAUCCUGAAUGGCAGAAUUUCCGGAAGCCCCUCCCAAAGCUGUAGCCAGGCAGCUACCAGAAAUAAGGAGCCAUCAGUGGACAAAACAGGGUGGAGAGGAGGAAGCAGCCUUCAAGAGACUGCUGGGCAGAAAAGAAAAAGAGGGGAGGAGAGAAAAGAAUUGUCAUGCAGGAAGAAUCCCAGUUCUGUGCCAUCUCCCAGUCAAGUGGAACUGCAUUCGAAAACAUUAAGCCUGCUGAAAUUCCAGGCCAUCAAGGUGAACAGCUCUUCUGAUGAUGAAUUGAGGAGGAGAGCACAGAGAAUCCUUAGAGUGAACCUGUCCCCUGUUAUUAGAAUUCAACCACUGCCUCAUUCUCACAGUGUCCCUUGAGUUGUUUUGCUGAGGGGGAGCCAUCGCAUAAGGAUGAGCAGAUCAACUUCAGGUCUGUUGUGUUUGGGGGGAAGAAAGGGAUGUCCAUGUCUGCAGUCAUUGGGCUAUUGGUCCAUAGGCUAGCAGUGGAGGAAAAAAUAUGCAGAGCUGGUCAAUUGGUGGAUUAUAAAACUAUGUUUAGACAUUCUGGAGUUGGUCUUCACUGAGAGGAAUGCAGAACAGAACACUAGCUUUCUUCUGAGACAUUUUUCUAUGUUGCUUUUGUAAACCUGAAAAGAGUGUACAUCUGGGAUGUGGGACACUAGGGAUAUUACUGUACUGUGAUUUUUUUCUUUUUUUCAAUCUGUAAAUCUACUAUGAUUUAUUUUAAUCAUAUUUUAUAUACUUAUUAAAUAUAAAUAUCUAUUGAUUUAUGUAAACAUAUUGCCCAAGGGCUGUUAGAAUGUGAACCUGUUUCCUUCUUGGCCCCUUUCUGUAGAACUGGGUUCAGAAGUGUUCUUCCUCUUAUCUUUUCCCCAGAGCCAUUUGCUGAAAGGCGCAACAGCACUUGCUCCUCUUCAGUGUUGCUUCUCUUAUCUUCAAACUUGAAGGGCACCGUCUUACCUCCUAGUCACUGGUGUUUGUCUGAAGCUGCUAAGCAGCCUCAUAACUGACGGGCUAAAGCUCAUAGACCAUCUGGAGGAACCUUCCAAGUCAAUGCAAAGAGAGAACUAGAAAACAGGUGUGCUUUCUGUGGUAUACCCCUACUCUUUCCUUGACAGGAAAUGUUAAUCAAAACAUGCCAUGAAGCCAUGGCAGGUGAAAGAGGAUGUUUAUCCCAAAUAUGGAGAUCUUUUUGAGAAAGUAGCAGGAAUGCCUCAAGUGGUCAGAGAAGAGGCCCUUUAGAUUUCUGCCAAGAAGCAGGAAAGCCUUCCUCACAACUUGGUGCCUCUCUGUGGAUUCAACUGGCGGCUAGUGUCUUGUGUUCUUCCAUAUACUUGCCUCCUAAGGGUAACAUUUACCAAAUCAGAUAGCACUGGCUCCUGUUUUCCUCUCUACUGUUAAGUUUAAAAUGAACCUGUGGCUGUUCAAGAGCAUGAUGUGAUAACUGGCAAAUAACGAAUUUCAGUGCAAUUGUUAAACAUUUCUGCUGUCAGACUUUUUAGUACGUCUGACCUGUGGACGUUGGGUUUUUGAAUGUAUUGGUUGUGUCUGAACAGUCUGGGUUGUAGGUGCUAGUGUUCUAGCAGCAGCAAGAGGUUCUUGGGGUUGUUUUUGAGAUGGUUUAAUGUGAUUCUUGUCCUGUGUUGCAAAAGGAAAGCUAAAUUUGUCUCAGCAAAGGUUUCUGUUCUAACCACAUUGAGGUUUCAUAAACAUGCUUGCUAGCAUCUUCAGUAUUUCAAGAGUCUACUGUUGUUGUGUCACAUUUGCAAACCUAAGCUUGUUUUGCCAAUCCAGUGAACACUGAGAACAAUAGUUCUGUGAAGGUGUUGAGAACAGUGUCCUGGAGAUCCUCCAUUCUUGUUAAAGCUGCUAUUCCCAGAAUACUUUUGACAGAAAACACAGCAGUUACCCUGGUUUAGGUCGACAUUCUAGUAGAUUAUCUGUUAAGGUAUUUGGCUAAUAAAACUUCUAUUUUA